AAUCUCCUCUGUAACGUUCUUGCCAAAAACCAGCAACAUCCAGCGCACUUAGCUCAUGGACGAUGAUAGAUCACAGUAGCCUCCCCCCAAUCGAAUAAUUUCGUGUUCGCUAAGAGCUGUUGGCGUAUCUAUCUCGCCAUCGCAUCCGCCCUCGGUACUCGGAACGAUGAUGCUCACUCCAGAAACUGUAGCAAUCACAUUUCCGCUCACCCAUUGAUCCGCAGUUCUUCAAAUUGUCCAGCGCCCACGCUCCGCAUCCGCAAAAAGACACAAAAAUUCUAUUUUGUUGGUGAUGUUUAUGUGGGCGUGCGCCCCACAAUCACAAACAUUGUUUAUAUCGGACUGGUAGAAUCGUGCGUCGGGGUUUUUAAUUACAAAUAAUAUCCAGACUCUGCGGCCGCGCACGAGGUUCAUAAAUUAACAUAUUUGGCAGCGCAGCAUUGACUUGGCGGCAGCAUUGAUCCGAUCCAAUGGUAACUAAAAGCAGAACCAGCGGCGAGCAGGCUCAGGUGGUCAUGGGUUUCACGGAUUUGACCGCGCCGGAUCGGUUGACCCAGGUGGAUUCAUCUGCCGCCCGUAAGAUUCCUCGGCUCAAUGCCACCGUUCUGGGGGAGUCUCUUGCUUCCGAAGAUGAUCAGCUUAUCUUACCAAGUGACCAGUUUUCUUCUCGCGCUCAUGUUUCCUCCCACCAGAAGUAUUUGGAGAUGUACAAAAGGUCCAUUGAGGAUCCUGCUGGAUUUUGGUCCGACAUUGCGUCUUCCGAGUUCUUCUGGAAACACAGAUGGGACCAGCUGGUCUACUCUGAGAACCUUGAUGUCCGAAAAGGCGAAAUCAAGAUAGAGUGGUUUAAAGGUGGAAUCACCAACAUUUGUUACAACUGCCUCGACAGAAAUAUAGAGGCUGGACUUGGGGACAAGGUUGCUCUUUAUUGGGAAGGAAAUGAACCUGGUUUUGAUGGCACCUUAACUUACACUGAGCUUCUACACAAAGUUUGCCAGCUAGCAAACUACUUGAAAGAUAAUGGCGUCAAAAAAGGUGAUGCUGUGGUGAUUUAUAUGCCCAUGCUAAUGGAACUUCCUAUUGCCAUGCUUGCAUGUGCUCGAAUUGGUGCUAUUCACUCGGUUGUUUUUGCGGGGUUUUCUUCAGAAUCUCUCGCCCAAAGAAUCAUAGAUUGCAAACCAAAAAUUGUGAUUACUUGCAAUGCUGUUAAACGGGGUUCUAAAGUUAUCCACCUUAAAGAUAUUGUAGAUGCUGCUCUCACAGAAUCAGCACAAAAUGAAGUCUCUGUAGCAACAUGCCUUACCUACGAGAAUGAGUCAGCACUAAAGAGAGAAUCUACUACAUGGAAGGAAGGGAGAGAUAUAUGGUGGCAGGAUGUUGUCCCUACAUAUCCAACCACAUGUACAGUGGAGUGGGUUGAUGCAGAGUUUCCACUUUUCCUGCUUUAUACUAGUGGGAGUACUGGAAAGCCAAAGGGUGUUCUUCAUACAACUGGAGGAUACAUGGUGUAUACUGCAACAACAUUCAAGUAUGCGUUUGAUUACAAACCAUGUGACGUCUACUGGUGUACAGCUGACUGUGGUUGGAUUACUGGGCACAGCUAUGUUACAUACGGGCCAUUGCUCAAUGGAGCUAGUGUUGUUGUCUAUGAAGGGGCUCCAAAUUAUCCCGAUCCUGGACGUUGUUGGGACAUAGUUGAUAAGCAUAAGGUGACAAUAUUCUACACUGCCCCAACAUUGGUGCGUUCCCUCAUGCGUGAAGGAAAUGAGCAUGUUACUCGCUACUCAAGAAAAUCCUUACGAGUUCUUGGAAGUGUGGGCGAGCCGAUCAAUCCCAGUGCAUGGAGGUGGUUUUUCAACGUGGUUGGAGAGUCAAGGUGUCCUAUAUCAGACACUUGGUGGCAAACUGAAACUGGUGGCUUCAUGAUUACUCCGUUACCAGGUGCAUGGCCUCAGAAGCCUGGUUCUGCAACUUUUCCCUUUUUCGGAGUCCAGCCUGUCCUGGUGGAUGAAAAAGGGAAUGAGAUUGAAGGUGAAUGCAGUGGUUAUCUAUGCUUGAAAAGCUCAUGGCCUGCAGCAUUUAGAACUCUUUAUAAUGAUCAAGAAAGAUAUGAAAUGACUUACUUCAAGCCAUUCCCUGGUUAUUACUUUACUGGUGAUGGCUGCACCAGGGAUAAGGAUGGAUACUACUGGCUUACUGGAAGAGUUGAUGAUGUUAUCAAUGUCAGUGGGCAUCGUAUUGGCACAGCAGAAGUGGAAUCUGCCCUAGUUUCGCAUCCCCAUUGUGCAGAAGCUGCUGUAGUUGGUAUUGAACACGAGGUCAAAGGACAAGGUAUUUAUGCAUUUGUGACUCUAGUGGAUGGUGUUUCUUAUAGCGAGGAGCUCCGGAAAAGCCUUAUUCUCACAGUUAGAAAGCAGAUAGGGGCUUUUGCAGCACCUGACAGAAUCCAUUGGGCACCUGGACUUCCAAAAACGAGGAGUGGAAAAAUAAUGAGGAGGAUUCUGAGGAAAAUUGCCUCCAAGCAGUUGGACGAACUUGGAGAUACUAGCACGCUUGCUGAUCCUGGUGUGGUUGAUCAGCUCAUCGAGCUUGCUGAUUGCUGAAGGUCGGAAUUUGUCUGAAGCAAGCUGAGUGUUUCUUGUCAGUUGAGUGAGAGCAGUGAGAUGUCAAAAUUUUAAUUGUGUGCAAGUCCCCCCAAGUUCUGAAAUAAUGUUAAAUCUCUCCCCAGUUGUAGGAAUCUCAUUUUCGAUGGCGUAGGAUUCAUUUAGGCGAUCAAAGGCAACUACUUGUUCCCUGACCUUACUGCUAGAGAUGUUUGAUCGUACUAAUGAUAUGUGAUUGUUCCAUAA